CCACCACAGCAAAGACCCAACCCGUCGCUUUUAAACGCACACGCACCCACGCACCCAAAAACAAAGACCCAAAUCAAAAUGGCUGGAGGCAAGUCUGGAGGCAAGGCCGGUAUCUCGUCGUCUGCUGGACCCAAGUCGCGUUCGUCCAAGGCUGGAAUUCAGUUCCCCGUCGGCCGUAUCCACCGCCACCUGCGCAAGGGCAACUACGCCCAGCGCAUCGCGGCCGGUGCCCCCGUGUACCUGGCAGCCGUGCUCGACUGGCCGAUCCGUAACGACGAGGAGCUGAACAAGCUGCUCGGCAACGUGACCAUCGCCCAGGGUGGUGUCCUGCCCAACAUCCACAACACUCUGCUCCCCCAGAAGAGCAAGAAGGCCGGCGCUGCUUCGCAGGAGCUCUAAGCUACCAACAAAAAAUUGGCCUGACAACUACUCGUCCACAGAUAGCGCGAUGUUUAAUUUUUUAAAGGCAUGCCUGAAUUAUG